ACAGCGCUGGCUACACACGCAGAAGCAGCCGCAGUGUGGCCGCUCCACUCCCUCCUGAGUACCCUCAGAAUCACUUUAUAUUUUCGCUCACUGAAGCCAAAUCGCGCCAUGAACCAGCUGGAUCAGGACGAGAAAUUGAUCAUCGAAGUGCAGCAGUACCCUGGGCUCUACGACCAAGGCAGCUACGACUACCGGGACCUCAGGAAGAAGGAAACGAUGUGGCAAGCAGUGGCAGAGAGCUUGGGCCUGCAUGCGCGGGAGUGUCAGGCACGAUGGAGGGUACUGAGAGACAAGUUCGUCAGAGAGAUGAGGAAGAAUGUCAAUCCCAAGAGGGCAGGAACGAGCGCUCUCCAGGUAUACCAGGGUAGCUGGCCCCUCAUGUCUCAGCUCAUGUUCCUCACCUCACACGUUAAGCACCGGCCCUACAGAUCCAGCCGACGCGACAACUUGUCCGAUGCAGGAGGAACGGAAGAUGAGGAGGAUGCUGAACCCACAGACGAGGAGGAGAUCGAGAUGAAGCACAACCCCAACACUCACAACUCCACCGCCAACAUUCACAACUCCACCAACAGCAUCCACAGUUCAAGCAGCAGUCAUCACAACACUACACCCUCCCGCUGUCCCACCCCACUAAACACCAAGAGAACCAGGUCCUUCUCAUACGAGCCGGACCUCCUGAAGGUGAGCCAGACGGACACAGAGCUGCAGAAGGUGUACUCAGCACACCUUGGAGUACGAGGAGACGAAGAGGACAACGGCGAGAGGUUGUUUUGUCUUAGUCUGGUUCCUGUGUUGAAGCGUUUGGAACCUGAGAAGAGGAGCCUAGCCAAGCUCCAGAUCCAGAGAAUACUUCACAACCUGGAGUUUCCUCAGCUCAAAGUCGCCUUGCAAAACUAAAUCUAAGUUGAAUGUUACUUAAAACUUUAAUCUUAGGUUUUUAUUAUGCACUAAACUUAUAGUGCUUUAUUAAACAGUAAAAUGGCAGUGUAGUUUUAUUAUUUUGGCCUCUCAAAAUACACGAGCAGUG